AUGAAGCCUGUCAAACGAUCCGACUUGGAGGGCUUGGCUGACGCACGGUCGAUGCUCAUCCUUGACAUAACCUCAUGGGGUCUCAGCUUUAUCUACGAAACGAUCAGCCACAAUCCAAGCCAUAUCACCUCCAAGACAGGCAAUAAGACCUUUCCUACCGAGAUCUGGCUUGAGAUCAUUUCAUAUGCCAAAGCCGAGAGGCAUGAUCAUGCUUACAAAGCAGUCUACCCCGUCGAGAUCCAGUCUAUCCAAAUGGAUCGCGGCCAAACGGAACCUGCUUUGGUCUGUAAAGGCCUAGAGGAGUGGAGACUUUGCAAGAUGUUCCGAGGUGAGGAUUGCAUCGAAGCAUAUGAGAAAUACAUCAACAAACCUUCGCGUGUAAUCACAGAGUUCAGAGAGGUCGGCUACAAAGAAAAAUAUGUCUAG